CGCAACCCGUGGGGAACGAGGCUGCAAAUCCCCAAUCUCCCACUCGCCGGAGCACCCCACCCAACCGCCUCGGUCGUCGGCGAGGAACCUGCUCCGGUAGGCGGAGAUGGGCGGGCACGGCGGGCUGAACAUCCUGCCGCAGAAGCGGUGGAACGUCUACAGGUUCGACAACCAGGAGAAGGUCCGCGUCGACGAGGCCGAGGCCGCCCGCCAGGACCAGCUCCAGCGCGAGGCCACCCGCCGCCGCGAGUCGCACGCCCGCCUCGUCGCGCUCCGCCGCAACCGGGGCCUCCAGUCCGACUCGCCCUCCCCUCCCCGUGCCCCAUCUCCACCCCCCUCCUCCGCCCGGUCCGCGGACCAGGUCGCCCGGCCGCGGCCCCCACCCCCUGCCGCCCGGCCCGCGGAUCCAUCCCCCGUCGUCUCCGACGGAGACCACAUCAACCUCUUCUCCGGCGGCGGUGGGGCCGCCGACUUCGCCGCGCUUGCCUCCGCUAGCGGCGGGAGAGGCGCAGCUCGGGAGAGGGAGCCUGCGACAGACACUAAGCCAAACCCUAAGAAGCGUAAGAAGGAGGAGGAGGUUAGGACGGCGGGGCCUGACGACGAGAAGUACAAGCUGGGUUAUGGCCUCGCCGGCAAGGGCGUGGCUACGCCCUGGUACAUGUCGAAGCCUUUGGCUUCCUCCUCUAAGGAGAGGAGAGAUUACGCCGAAGGCAACGGGGAGAAGAGGAGUGGAGGGAAGAAGAGUAUCGAGGAGCUUAGAGAGGAGAGGAGGAAGAGGGAGGCCAAGGAGAAGGAGCGUGAGCGAGCCUUGCUUGCUACUACAGCAAGGAAGGAGAGGCAGCCAGACCGGGGGUACUCGUCGAGGUAUAUGCGUCGAUGAUGCAAGGGUCUGUGUGAUUUUAUCUGCAGGAUCUGCAAUGGAUGAUUACUGGAGAAAACCGAAGAUGGACGUCACUAACUUGCAUGCAAAUAUUUUGAAAGAUCAAUGCGGAGGCAAAAAGCCACGGCUCAAGUGCCAUUGGAUGAACUUUCAAGCAGUUCAAGAAUAUCUCAAUAUAAAGAUUCAUUAGUGAUUAGCUUGUGUAUUUUUUUCUACUGCAAGACAAGCAAGUGUAUUAGUGUAGUGUGCCGAUCCUGCAAUCACGCCGUCUGUUCUUGUAAAUUUUAUCAACUCUUACUUGGUGUACACAAUUGUUUGGGGUACAGUCUGCACUUUGUAAAAAAAACGCUCCAAUGUGUUGCACUAUACUGCUAGAGUUGUUGCUUUGGACUUUCAAAGUCUGCUACUA